AUGAAUACAGAUCUCUUGGACAAAAACUUUGCAGUAGGCUAUCCGGAAGAGCUGGAUGGCCAACUGGACAUGGCUAAUGGCCAUGCUAACGUUUGUAAAUUUAAUAGAAUUGGCACAUUGGUUGCGGUCGGAUCGAAUGAUGGUCGUAUCUUUUUAUUCGACUUUGUUACUCGUGGAUUGAUUAAAGUAAGGUUUAAAAUUAUGUUAUUCGGAUUUUAGACAGUCUUGGCUUUCUUGGGAGUACAAAGUUUAGAAGAUUUUACUAGGUGUUUAUUUCCAAAAGCAGCUAUAACAUAUUGAAACAAUAUUUGAUCAUGGUUAAUAUCUAAAAGAACGUGUUUUGUUAAUUUUCAGUUGAUAAAUUGAAAGAUAUAAUUUUUAAUAGUUUUUUAGCAGAUUUUACAAGAUUUUUAUUACAAAAUUCGGUAUCAGCAAGCUAAUUUAAAUGAGCAUUUACUCAUUAUAUUAUUUUAGAGCUGGACAGCCCAUGUGAAGCCGAUAGCCUCAUUGGACUUUAGUCGUAAUGGUCGUAUGUUGUUGUCAGGAAGUGCUGAAAGUGCAGUAGCUUUGUGGAAUGUUGUGGACACAAAUGGUCAUGUGGAUCGAUUUCAUUUUGGGACUUGUGUUACUGCUACUUAUGCUCAUUUUAAUCCAAGGUAAGCCUUAUCUCUUUGAUUAUUUUAAUUUUUAGGGAUGAAAAUCAGUUUUUGGUGCUAAUUUUUGGUACUCAAACCUCUUCAUCUGUAUGUUCGUGCAUUCUUCGUGACAUUUCGAAGAAAGAGGAAGUUAGGUUAGGAGCUCAGUUGCCAAGUCAAGAUGACGCAUUAUCAGCUGCGACCUUUGACAAAAGAGGACAGUUUGUUAUGUUGGGCACUAUUAAGGUCUGUUUUGUAUUUUUUGGUUUAAAAUUCUUUAUUUUUUAAGGUUAUUUUAAAUUUUUUUUGGUUAGUUUUUUAGAUUUUUUGGUUUAGAAGUAGGGCUUUGGCUAAAAUAUUGAAGUAAAGGAUGAUAUUUAAGAUUAUUUGUUUAGGGACGAGUGUUAAUGUACUGCACAAAGACUAAAAAGCUUCUGAAGACCUUGGCACAACCUGUGAAUCACAUGGUGAGUUUAAUUUUUAGCUUUUGGAUACGUUUCUACCUGUUUUUGACAAGGCAAUUGAUUGAUUUUGGCUGUUUUUAACUACAUUGAUGUCUUUCUUUAAAAAAAUUAUUUUGUACAUAGCAAUGCAUCGUUCCAAAGCAGUUUUACCUUUUAUCUAAGCUGAGAGUCAAGUUACAACCAUUUAUUCUCCUUUUCAGAUCCGAAACUUCAUAGUAACACGAAGAAAUGGGUUUGUAAUGACAAAUUCAUACGAUCGAAUUGUCCGUUGCUACCGCUUGGAAGACUUUAAGAACGCAAGUGAUGGUCAAGUUAUAGAACCGCUUCAAAAGUUCCAAGACAUGGUGAAUAAGAUCUCAUGGAAGCUGAUAUGUGCCUCAAACGAAGGAGACUAUGUGUGUGGAGCUAGUGCCAAAUCUCAUUCUUUGCACAUUUGGGAAAGGAAUUCUGGGAAUUUGAUCAAGAUUCUGCAUGGACCUAAGGUAAUGUGCGACUAGGGGCGUUGUUACAGGUUUUGGGGUGCGGGGGGGGGGGGGGUAAAAUUUUUAUUUAGGGGAGGAUUUUUUGAAUUUUGGGGAUGAUAAUUGUUUUUGAAGCGCCAGUGUUGGAAACAGUUUUUUUUGGAUUGGGUAGGAUAAAAAAAUCGGAAGAGGAAGGGGUGGUAAAAAACUUUGAGGGAGGGGUAAAAAAAAUUUUUGAAGUUUGAAUUUUAUAAAACAGAAAAAUAACAACAUAUUCUUCAGGGAGAGCUUCUGACCGACGUCCAAUGGCACCCAUCUCGCUCAAUAAUCCUCUCCGUAGCCAAUGGUGUCGUCUCCAUCUGGACCCAAGCCCAUGUCGAAAACUGGUCUGCCUUUGCUCCAGAUUUUGUCGAACUUGAUGAUAACCGAAAGUACGUGGAAACAGAGUUUGAAUUCGAUGUUGAGGAUGAAGAUGCAUCUGAAGAGACCAAGGAUCGCUUGGACGAAGAUGAAGAAGCCGAGAUUGAUGUUACAGGCCUAGACCCGGCUGAUAUUGGCUCAAGCGACGAGGAUGUGAAUGAUGAUGGCACGCUAUGGUUCUUGCCAGUCACAAAAGAAAUUGAACAGUUUGAAGACGAAAAACCUCACGUUUAA